GAUCACAUGCCUGAAUUCAUCAAGAGAUAGCUGAUAUGAAAUGGGAGAUUAAGCCUCCCAGAUGCAGAGUGGAAAUGGGUGGAUGGGAGUGAAAUUUAAAGAGUCUGGUGAUAGAAAUCGUUCCCAUGCCACCCAUUUCUAUUCUUUCUGGGGGUUUCUCCCUUUUCCCAUCCAGCUUCAUGCAUUUGUUUAUGGCUCAUUUUCCGGCUUUGGUUUUUUUUUUUUCAAAUAGGAAAUCAAAAAACAUGCGAAGCAAAUAACUUAGUUUUGGUGUUAGCUUUGUUUUUUCAUUAAUUUACAUGUUGGAUGUGAUUGAUGACAGGUGAAAUGAAAGGCUUCUGCUCUUCUCUCGACCUUACUGAUUGGAGUAGAUUUGAUGCGAGACCCAAAAAUCCAGAUUAUGAGAUAGAGCCACUGAGUAGAAGAUGAUUGAUUUCUUGGUUCAAGGAGACCUAAGGACAGGCUCCAGAUUGGUAAAAAGUCACUGGAAUAGAAGAAUUGUAUCUCAGGUUUAAUAUUGGAGAAAUUAUUCAAUAUAACCGUUGUAUAUAUAAUAAUUAGAUAUUAUUAUUGAUUAACAGUUGCAAAAAUAUAACAGUUGUAAAAUUUUUCUUAACGUUGGUAUAAAAAUAUAAUAUUUGCAAGGGCUGAUACAUGUGGGUAUGUGACUCCUGACUAGCGACCUCUCAAAAUCUCCCGCCAGCUACCUUUUCCAUCAUUUCUCGCCAAGUUUAUGCUUCAAGAUGCAGGAACCUCAAUAAGAAAAAAUAUAUACAAAAAAUAGGAAUAUGGUGUUGUGUAUGUUAGAAUAAAAUUCAGAACUGAAAAUAUCUCAUAACUCACCUAACAACCAGUAGGUGAGACAUCUUCAGCAAUUUCAUUUUCACUCUAGUCUCUUCUCUUUUCCCUUUUAACAUAAUACUACUGCAAAGUGCAAUCUGUGCCUUAACUCAUUGCCUGGAAUUUUCUGAUCCGGCAAAUUGAGGCAAUGGAAGAAAAUAAAUAUUCCAAGCUAUCUUACAAAGUUUCUUUCCAUUCAACAAAGUAUCAGCCAUGGUACUUAUUUGCUCAAAUGAAGUUCAUUUGCGUGGUUUCUUUAGUUUUCAUGAUGUUGCCCAAUGCAGCUGCAUAUGACCCAUUGGAUCCAAAUGGGAACAUAACCAUCAAAUGGGAUGUAAUGUCUUGGACACCAGACGGUUAUGUGGCUACUGUGACCAUGAGCAACUUCCAAAUGUACCGGCACAUCAUGAAUCCUGGCUGGACUCUGUCAUGGUCAUGGGCUAAAAAAGAAGUGAUAUGGUCAAUGGUGGGAGCUCAAGCCACAGAACAAGGAGACUGUUCUAAGUUUAAGGGAAACAUACCUCAUUGUUGCAAGAAGACUCCAACAGUUGUUGACUUACUCCCUGGAGUCCCUUACAAUCAGCAAUUCACCAAUUGUUGCAAGGGAGGUGUGGUGGCAGCAUGGGGGCAGGAUCCUACAGCUUCAGUCUCAGCCUUUCAGGUCAGUGUUGGACUUGCAGGUACCUCAAAUAAAACAGUGAAACUGCCCAAGAAUUUCACUCUGCUUGGUCCGGGACCAGGCUACACCUGUGGCCCUGCAAAGGUCGUGCCAUCCACCAUCUUCUUCACACCUGAUCAUAGGCGAAAAACUCAAGCACUGAUGACAUGGAAUGUAACAUGCACUUACUCGCAGUUUCUAGCCUCCAAAAAUCCAAGCUGCUGUGUUUCCUUCUCCUCUUUCUACAAUGAGACAAUCACUCCUUGUCCUUCUUGUGCGUGUGGAUGCCAGAACAAGAACAAUUGUAUUAUGAGUAACUCAAAGGAAGCACAUAGAAAGGGAGUAAACACACCAAAGAAGGAUAAUUCACCACUGCUUCAAUGUACACACCAUAUGUGCCCAAUUCGAGUGCAUUGGCAUGUGAAGAUCAACUACAGAGAAUACUGGCGUGCAAAGGUUGCUGUUACUAAUUUCAACUACAGGUUGAAUUACACACAGUGGACACUCGUUAUUCAGCAUCCCAAUCUCAACAAUGUCACACAAGUCUUCAGCUUUGAUUACAAGCCUCUCGUACCCUAUGAAUCUAUAAAUGAUACUGGUAUGUUCUAUGGGAUGAAGUACUACAAUGAUCUUUUAAUGGAAGCUGGACCUUUUGGAAAUGUCCAGUCUGAAGUGCUUCUUCGAAAAGACAAGAAUACUUUUACACUGAAGGAGGGAUGGGGAUUUCCCAGGAAAGUUUAUUUCAAUGGUGAUGAAUGCAAGAUGCCGCCACCAGAUGCAUACCCAUAUCUGCCAAAUUCUGCCUACGUAAAUCUAGUUGCAUUUUCAACAAUGGCAGCUCCUUUGGUCUUGACGUUGCUUACAAUUUGGUGAUCAGUCUUAUAUGGGGGGAAAUUAUAUUCUUCUUAUCUCUUUGUAACAGAUAUUGCAAAUACAGUUUUGAAAGCCAGAACAAUUUUUUAUAACAGGUAUAUAUAUAUCUUCGUUAAA